AGGGCGCGUCUCAGUCAUCAUGGCGGAGGGGGGGAUCUGGACGUGGAUUCUCUGAUCUCCAGACUGCUGGAGGUGCGAGGAUGCCGUCCAGGGAAGAUCGUGCAGAUGACGGAGGCGGAGGUGCGGGGUUUGUGCAUUAAAUCUCGCGAGAUCUUCCUCAGUCAGCCCAUCCUGCUGGAGCUGGAGGCUCCGCUCAAGAUCUGCGGUGACAUCCACGGCCAGUACACGGACCUGCUGCGGCUCUUCGAGUACGGAGGCUUCCCUCCCGAGGCCAACUAUCUGUUCCUGGGAGAUUACGUGGAACGAGGGGGAAGCAGUCGCUGGAGACCCAUCUGCCGGCUGCUGGCCUACAAGAUCAAGUACCCCGAGAACUUCUUCCUGCUCCGCGGGAACCACGAGUGCGCCUCCAUCAACCGCAUCUACGGCUUCUACGACGAGUGCAAGCGCAGGUUUAACAUCAAACUGUGGAAGACGUUCACCGACUGCUUCAACUGUCUGCCGAUCGCUGCUAUCGUGGACGAGAAGAUCUUCUGCUGCCACGGAGGACUUUCUCCAGAUCUGCAGUCGAUGGAGCAGAUCAGACGCAUCAUGAGACCCACGGACGUACCUGACACAGGGCUGCUGUGUGAUCUGCUGUGGUCAGAUCCUGAUAAAGAUGUUCAGGGUUGGGGAGAGAACGAUCGCGGCGUGUCCUUCACCUUCGGUGCAGAUGUGGUCAGCAAAUUCCUGAACCGGCACGAUCUGGAUCUCAUCUGCCGCGCGCAUCAGGUGGUUGAGGACGGUUACGAGUUCUUCGCCAAGCGGCAGCUGGUCACGUUGUUCUCGGCACCGAAUUACUGCGGCGAGUUCGACAACGCUGGAGGAAUGAUGAGCGUCGACGAGACCCUGAUGUGCUCCUUCCAGAUCCUGAAGCCGUCGGAGAAGAAGGCGAAGUAUCAGUACGGCGGGAUGAACUCCGGGCGACCCGUGACUCCGCCCAGAACGGCCACGCCCCCUAAGAAACGCUGAAGGGGCGGAGCAACAACUCGUGUGCGAUCUGGCAUGAAGACUGUCUUGAAAAAUACACAUGUAGUUAAAGAAGUCACCAUUUUUCUUUUUUUUCUUUCUUUUAAGGCUCAUUUUAUUUUGCGUUUGGUUUGAUUUGACCUUCUCUGAGUCUCACUGUGUGCUGCUUUCAUCUGACUGUCGUUAACGUCACGUUCCCAGUGUUCGAGCUCGUUCCGGUCACACGGCAGGGCGCUUGAUUUAAGCUUUUCUCGACUGCUCUGCGUCUAACAGGACGAUGUACAUUGACUUGGUGUUUUUGUAGUUAAUCAUUGCACUCUUCAGGCCUGUUUGAGUCAAACAGGUUCAUAAUAUCUGGUUUUUCAGUAAUAAAGUUUAACAAAGCUUUGACGUGCCA